UUUUUAAAAGUGGCAAUGUCACAAUUAAGACGUUUUCUUUUAUUUUCUUCAAUUUUCGUCGAAUUGUCCUUUCCGAAAAGCGUGAUAAGAUUUCGGAGGCAACAAAGCGAUUGCAAAGACACAGUUGCCCUUCAAGAUUGUACUGUUGGUAAAAAUGAUGAGGACGGAACUAUCCACUUAUUAAGAAUGAAAAGCAACCAAAUAAUAGCACAUUAUGAAACCGAAUGCGAUUUCGACGGAAUUAAAUAUCACUGGCUUGUGAGGGACGAGAACGGAAACGAUGUUAUUAACACUGAAACCAACACUAAUACCUACAUCCUUCACCCUUUUGCCCUUAAAACUGAAGUUUACGGGGUCAUGGUCACAGUUACAUUGACUAGGAAGGAGUCAAAAAAAGAAUUAGAGGCUAGUUGUUUGCUGAGUAUCGACGCACUUGACCCUUUACCAAUCAUCAAAGGGGGCACCGAACGUACCGUUGAAGCCACACAUAGUUUUAUAAUGGAUGGUUCAAAAUCCAUAGAUAGAGACGUUCCUACUGGAACUCCCCCAAAAUUGUCAUACAAAUGGCAAUGCCAGGUCCUGGACGGCCAAGAGAAAACUUUCUGUGCAAAUGAGUACCACAGUUCUACUCUUGUUGUACCACCAAGUACCAACCAAAAGUACCUUUUCACCCUCAGUGUUAAAAGUGACGAUUCCAACACUUGGGUCAGUACCACCCAAACUGUCACAGUUUUGGCCAAAGUCGCAGAACUGGAGAUAGUCUGUGAGAAGAACUGUCCUCCAGCUGCUCCCUUAACUGUUGCGCAAAGACUUACCUUCCUUCGAGUGAUAUGUCGUAAGAACUGUGAAGGCGUGGACGAAAAGGACUACACUUGGACGGUUGAUGGCAAUUUUGACUAUCAAAACACACAAUACGGGCGAAAUUCUGAUAAAUUUAUCGUCAAAGAAGAUGUUUUUAAACCCGGACUCGUCAAAAUUCGGGUGGAUUUGAAAGGCGGUGGCAGUGCUACGGAAACUUUAAACGUCGAAGUACCGUUAAAAAUUGACUCUUGUGAGGCGAAACCGCCCCAAGGAGUUGCAAUAAAUACGACGUUUAAGGUCGAGUGUAAAUAUACAGGUGAAGGGUACAGCUUUGAGAUUUUGACGAAGAAAAAGGGGAAGGUGGUGGUACUGAACAGGAACUACAAGUUGGAAGGGUUGGAGUUUGUUCUUCCGGUUGGUACCGACGUCUACGUGAGGAUUACAGAUGCUGAGGAUUUUUCCGACGAAUAUAAGCUUAAUGUUCAGGUAAGUACUGGUGACACUUCCGAGGCCGAAAUCUCCCGUUUGAACGCCUCCAUCCCCUCCUUAAUCAAAAGGGGGGAUACGGACCUUGCCGUCCAAAUCACCAAUGGUUUGAUCGAAGCCCUUGAUGCCCAAGACCCUUCUAACACCACAAAAGAGAUCAAAAUGUCCCUUUUGAAAAACUUCCAAGACAUUCGGAUCAAAUCCCAAGCCAAGGCGCGCCAAAUCGCCCAACUGGUCGCUCGACUCGUUCACGAUCCCAAAUCCGAAUCAGAUCCAUACCGCGGUGAAAUCGCCUCGGAAAUAUGCAAGGAAUCGGCUCUGGUCGAUUACAAAGAGAUGGCAAAAGGCUCCGCCCCUAAAGCACUAACACGUGACACGCUUCAAGCCACUAAGACUCUCCUUGAAUGCGUGGAGACGGAUGCGAAACCGAAUCCACCAAUCAUGGUGCCGGAACCACUCCCUUUCGCCAUCCCCACCACGCCCUAUCCUCCCCUCCCACUCCCCGUCAUCGAAGAGAACUACCCCGAUUACGAAACCGAUGAAAGUGUCUGGGACAAGACGAAAAAAUACGACAUAACGUCGUCGAAUUUUGUCGUUAUUUGUAAAACUAACUUGGCAAUGUUGGCACUGACUGUGGUCGAGGGGGAAAAGACAGUUGUGGUCUCGGCUGAGGAUUCAUCAGCUCAGAUCACUCGAUUAGUUGGGAAGGAGUUGGCAAAGAGCAAGAUUGACUUGUUGGGGGGCAGUUUCCAGCCCUCACGUGACGUUGGCAAGGUGGAGGAGGCGGUGGAUGUGAGGGUGUGUUGUUGGCGGUACGACCCCUUCUGGUGGACCAAAUGGCUGAUUGUUACGAACGUCUAUCUACUACGUGUGGUCACAAACGACGAGAUUUUGAGGAAAUUUGAGGAACCCAAUAAAGUGGUACUAGACCUACGUAAAGAACAGGAUUUGGUCGUACUUCCGGUCAUAAAAAAAGAAAACCUUGUAGUUGUCAGAGUUGAUGUUAAGGCUAGAGAGGCGUUUUUUGUCGAAUUGCGGACGAGGAUCACCCUUCGGGUUCUCAUCACGGUUUUUGAGAAACCGGAAGAAGGGGAAAUCCAUUCGAAAGGUGUCAAAAUCACCGGAACCAAACAACUGUACUAUGACUAUGACCGAAAGUACGAUGCCUGGUGUUAUAUUUCAGUGGUACCGCAAAAGGCUGGUGUGAUCAGUUUUGAUGUUAGUGUUUACAGUGCGUCGUGUUUUUCUUGGAACUACUCGAAGAGAAAAUGGUCGUUUGCUUGCAAAAGUACGGCAGAGUCGACCAUAAAGAAGAUCACUUGUUUAUGUAAUCAUUUGUCAAUUUUGGCGGGAGUUGUUCACAACAAUACAAUUCGAAUCGACGAAGUUAAAACCAAGCCAGAAUUCAAAAUGAUUUUACUCUCGUCCCCGGUCAUUUUUAUCACACUUGUGACAAUUUUACUCCUCUAUUUAUUUUCUUUGGUGCUUAUGUUGGGCAUCAGAAGAGUGAAAAAAAUGCCAGUUUAUUUGCCCCCUGAUAUUUCCACGUAUUCGCGUUAUGUCUACUUGGUUUGUAUCAAAACGGGCCGUAAACCAUCCUCUGGUACUUCCUCCAAUAUCUGUAUCAAAAUUUUUGGCCAGAAAACCAGUACCAAGAGCCACCUUUUGAACUACCCUGACCCCCAAAAACGCAUAUUCCAGUGGGGGAACAACGAUUGGUUCUUGGUACCGAACAUUAGUCCUUUGGGUGAGUUAACCGAAGUGGCUUUAUGGUCCGACUACACGGGACGGACCCCAAGAUGGUACUGUACCAACGUAACCAUUUAUGACAUACAAACCGGCCAGAAAUGGUACUUUAAGUUUAAUAAAUGGUUUGACGUUCCGCCGAAACACCAAACGUAUAACAAAGUUGGCGUUGGAACGCCUGGUAGGGAACGUGGUUGGGGGCGAAAGUUGAGGUUUUGGCCUCGGAGGUUGUACCAAGCCGACUUGGACCUCUUCCUCAAAACAAAUUUCCUCCUAUCGGUUGUUUUAAUGAUAUGUAUGGCCACCUUGAUCAUGUAUGGACUGCCACGGCUUGUGCUAGCCGAUGGUUUUGGGUGGUUUUGCGAGUAUGGUUUUCAGUGGUCAAUAGUUUUGAUCGGUUUUGGAAGCUCGGGUAUUACCUUUAUUGCUCAUUUAACGUGGUUAUGGUUGUACAGAAACAAAACACGACCGAAAACCGUUAGUUUGGUGGUUUUAACUGUGAACGUGGUCACAAGUGUGUCACUUUUGGUGGUUUUCGGUUUUUGGAAACCACUGAUCAUGGGUUGGUUUUGGCUAACUUCAGUCCUACUAGCCAUCGUGCUCUAUUUCCUUCUUUGGGAGAACUUGUUCGAAGUUUACAUAGUUUUAAAGUCGCGUCGGCACAUAGCUGAAGAUGACCCGAAUUUGGUCGAAACGUUCAAACGAAAUUUGGGCCAAAUCGAAGUCCAGCGAAGAUUUUUGUUCAAAACCUUCGGUGAACACCUCCUACGACCGUACUUUGGUCAUUUGUACACACCCAUGGAGGAGGAGCAAAUCAAGGUCCGUAAGGCCCAGUUUUUGUCCCGCUUGCAACUCCUGACCCUGAUUGAGGACACCAUGAUGUUUAUUUGCUACGUGGCAAUCCUCUACCUUGUGAUUUUCGCAAAUAAAAACCCCCUCACUGUGUACAAUCACCUGGAAAUGGCCGACCUCCUCAAAGGAGUACACACCCGUACUGGUGGUUUCUCCGAAAUCUCCUCAAUCGACGAAUUUUACGACUAUUUGAACGAAACGCUGAUCCCAACCAUGCAUUCGCAACACUGGUACCACAAGUACGUGGUCAAGGAACCGGGAAUCAUGGCUGAUUUUAACAACAAGUUCCUGGGGGUGGCCCGCUUGAGACAGAAACGUACGGAGAUGCAGCCAUGUCGCCAAUUGUACGAUUUCGUGAAGAAUGAGACUUGUCACGACGAGUAUAUGCACAUGUGGUCAAACACUAGUACUUUCAUACCGAACUAUAACGAGUUCGACCGAAUGGCCCCAAUUUGGAACUACACCAAAGCGUAUAAAGGGGGGCUUUCGCUGGUUUGGGGGCAGUUCGGGUGGUACUGGGGGGGCGGGUUCAUUGCCCCCUUUGGUCGUACUUCCUACAAUUCCUACGCGAAUUUCUUUUACGUGGUCAAAAACGUCUGGAUCGAUCGAGCCACAAGUGUGAUAAUGAUUGAGUUUUUGACUUACAACGUCAACAGUAACUUGUUUAACGCUGUGAGGGUGGUUGUUUUGGUGGCUGCCCUUUUCAUAUGUAUCAACAUCCAUCAUAAAUUGGCACAUGGAAUGGCGAUGGGAGGAGAUCAAGGAGGCAUGGGAGGAUCUCCACCAGGCGGGAUGCAAGGUGGCCAAGGCGGAACGGGAGGAAGCCAAAGUGGGAUGGGAGGAAGUCAAGGUGGGAUGAGCGGAGGUCAGGGAGGAAGCCAAGGAGGAGACCAGGGAGGAACGAUGGGGUCAGGUCAAGGCGGGAUGGGGAGUCCACAACCGAUGGGUGGGGAAUAGAGCUUGUUUUUGUUACAUAAUCAAAAAUAAAAAUGUAUAAGCAAGCAAAA